AUGGCUGCAAGACUAUCAACCACUGAGCUGCUAAGUUUAGACUCUGCAGGAUUGCAGAAAAAGCUUGAGGCUGGUCUUCUCACCAGUGUCGAGUUAGUUCAAGCAUGCCUUGCACAAAUCAGCAAACAUGAUAACCAGGGCGCAAAACUGAAUGCUAUGAUUUCAAUCGUUCCAAAUCGCAUCCUAAUGGAGCACUCAGCACACCUUGACCGCGAGCGAGCGGCAGGUCGUGUCAGAAGCCCCCUCCACGGUAUACCAAUACUCAUCAAAGAUGCCAUUGCCACAAGACCUUCUCUCGAACUCCCAACAACAUUGGGUAGUCUUGCCUUGAAGGAUUCUAUUAUGCCCAAAAAUGCCAACAUAGUUGACAAGCUAGAGGAAAUGGGCGCCAUCGUGUUAGGCAAAACAAAUUUGAACCAAUUUUGCAACUUCAAGGCCGAUGCAAAUUCGAAUGGAUGGUCGGCAAUUGGAGGACAAACACAAUCUGCUUAUAUUGCUCGUAAGCCAGACGAAUCCGGCCUUGGGCAAAGUGACCCAUGUGGUUCUUCAACAGGUUCCGCAGUCGGCGUUUCAGCAGGCUAUGCGCCAUUAGCCUUGGGCACUGAAUCGAUUGGAUCUAUAGUCAUGCCGGGUUCUAGAGCUGGUUUGUAUGCCUUCAAGCCCGCUCUUAAUACUGUGAAUAUGGAUGGAGUUUUCAAAAGCUCUGUGGAGCUGGAUGUUGUCGGUGGCCUUGCCAGAUCGACGGCAGACUUAGCCGUUCUGAGUGAGGCUGCUUUAACAGGGGAGAAGCGCAAGCUUUUACCGGAAGAGGGCUAUCAGAAAUACCUGACCAAAACUUUCGACUCACUCCGGGUAGGCUUUCUUGAUCCUACGAAAUGGUCUCUUCAUCCCAGCAUUGUACAAUUAGACAACGCUACGUUGAAGCAAAUGAACGACAUCUACUUCGCCGCUAUUGAACGUGUCAAAGAGCACGCUGUCAAAGCAUCCGUGACCUAUCCAGUCGAUAUACCACCUGCGACGGACCUGUGGUAUGAAGGGCGAAAUCCAAUUGACGUGAUUAUAUCAUACGAAGGCAAACAGGCACUCGAGGCCUGGCUUAGCGAAGCUAAAGUUCCGGGACUGAAUACAAUAGAAGACGUCAUAAAAUUCAACUUUGACCAUCGACACGAAGAAUUGCCUAUGGACCACCCGGAUCAGAAUCAGCUACUGAAGGCUUCCCGAGAUCCUCCCACGCGAAAAAUGUAUGAAGUCGUCAAGGGGCGGAUGAAGACAGUCGCAAAAGAAAAUGGGAUCGACAAAUUAUUUCGCGAGCAGAAUUUGAAUCUACUCGCAUUUCCAUUGGACAGCCUUAUGGUGUUCAUGUCUGCUGCAUCGGGGUACCCAAUUGCGACGAUGCCCGCAGGAGUCAUCCAAGCAGAUGGGAGACCAUAUGGGCUGGUUGUAUCCGCCGAAAUCAACGCAACAUUAAAUGUUGUCAUCGUCCCUGGCAUUGGUCUUCUUCGACCGGCAGAAUGGAGAAACUCGUCAGGAGAAUGGCUCAGAAUGAUACAGAAACCCCAUGGCGAGAGAGUCCGUAUCUGGCAUUUCGACUACGAGGCUAUAAAAGGCCAGUCGAUUUUACAAUCACUGCUCCAGCAAAGCCAUGUGCUUCCGACAUCACUUCACCAACUUAACCCAAGAGAUGCUUAUGCAAACAUGACGGAAAAGAGACAUGAGAAUAAUAAUGUUCUGGACCACAUUUUUGGGGUCGUAUUUCUUGGAACACCGCACAUAGAGGACACGAGUCAGCUCGAUAUCAACAUCCUUGAAACUAUAGUGAGAGCAAGCGCAGCUCCGUUUAACUUCUUGUCAUUCACACAAGAGGACAAUCAAAUGGUUUCGCUGAUCUCAAGAGGUUUCUCGGACUUUAGUGGUCAUAUCAUUUCAACUUUUGAGACCAUUCAAAGUAAAUAUCGAGGCGUGAAGUGGAGGGUCCAAUUUUCAAGGACCCGUUUUGUAGUGGCAAAAGAACAUGUUGUCUUACCUUCAACCCUUGGAGCAGAAAUAUACGGGAUUCCAAGCAGCCAUGGAAAUCUCUGCAAAGUAGAGAUCGAUGGGCAAUUGUAUAAAGCUAUAGCUCGCUUGAUAGAUACGGCAGUGCUCAAACAUGAAGUAUUUUCUAUUCCCCAAGUUGUUACAGAACGUUAUGAGCUUCAAAUCGACGGUAGUUGUCCAGAUGAAUGGGAUAUGCAAAGUUUACGAAGCCAUAGGAGUAGGAUGGCAAAACCAGCGGCAGAGGUAUCGAGCUCGUCGGUUCUAGAAAGUCACAAGGAGAUAACCCAAGAUCAUGUCUCAGCACUUCUCAGCAUCGAGCCCAAGCAGGAGACUCUUUCAGCUAGCGCCGGCUACUCUUCUACCUUCUCUUACGAAGUCGUACCAUCCACCAAUCACUUUGAGCCGGAGCAACCCAAACUACGCAUCCCUUGUUUCUCGGUAGGAUCUCAAACUCGCAGAACUCCAUUCUUUGGACGUGAUGACGUUCUUCGAUCCAUCGAUAAAAGCCUGCUUCCUGACAGCAUCCAGUCGCCUAUUGAUGAAGCAUCAAUCCGGCCGUCAGGAAAUCUCAAGACUUUUGCACUGUGUGGUGCUGGAGGGAUCGGGAAAACAGAACUUGCAUCUGAGUACAUCUUCACCAGGAGGGAAAAAUAUCUUGCCAUCUUCUGGGUUACUGCAGACAGCCGCAACGUCUUACUUGAAGAUUUUGCACGCAUAGCAGUUGACAUUGGCCUCCAAGAGAAGAGUGAAGCAGGAGAUUUGGCAGAGGCGUGCGAAUUGGUCAAAGGGUGGCUGUGCAAUCCUGUCAAAGACGCCGAAUUACCUCUAAGUAGCCCUGGCAAUGAAAUCCCGUGGCUGUUGGUCCUUGACAAUGUCGACGACUGGGGCAUCAUUGAAGACUUCUGGCCCACGACCGGCAUAGGGUCCAUCUUGAUCACAAGCCGUGAUCCACUUUCGCGGUCGCAUGUUUUCACUGCCCAGCAUGGCUUGGACCUUGAACCAUUUUCCUCAUCAGAUUCUCUUGAGUUCCUCCACGUCGUCUCUCAAAAUCCUUUCAAGGGCUCACCUGGAUCUGCUAAGGCUAUCGCUCGGUGGGCUGGCGGACUUCCUCUUGUCAUCAAUGCAAUAGCAAGUACGAUGUCAGCCCAAAACCUUACUUACGAUAUGAUGCUGAACUUGCUGGAGAAAAAUGGCUUUGCAGCCGUUUCAGUUGAUGGUAUACCGCAGAUGCACUUGUUACCAGACGUAUCUGCGUCCAUUGCCUCAAUGAUUGGCCUUGCAUGCUUAGAUGAGGGCACACAAAGCCUAAUUCAUGUACUGGCAUUCUUAAACCCCGAGGGCAUUCAUCAAAAACUCAUCGUCGAUACUACCGAUAGAGUACAACUUUCUGCAUUCCCAAAAAAUCAUGGUGAGCUCAACUAUGCUCUGAAUAAGCUGCAAAAGGCCUCUUUGAUCACUUUCAACGAGUCUACCCAUACCAUUCGUAUGCAUCGCAUUUAUCAAGACAUUGUACGAGAGUCUCUGACUCCCGAAGCACGAGUGAGGGCACUUCUAACUGCUCUUGAGAUGGUUUCAGAUGCCUGGGUAUAUCAGCCGCUUGAGAUCCGCUUCAAUACUGCCCGAUAUGAAACAUGUUCUGUGAUUUUCCCCCAUGUGGACCGAGUAUAUCAGCAUUACGAGAAAUUGUUUAUAUCUCGAAAGAUCGAGGCGUCGGAACAAGCAGCAUCGCUCUUCAACGACGCUGGAUGGUAUUGUUUCGAGAGAGGUCUCCCACACGAAUCUAAACCGUUUUACAGACUCACACAAAGCAUAUGUGAGGCCGUUCAGCAGAGGAUUCCUAGCCGCAAUGUGGCCAAAUUACUACGUGAAACCCAUAACAACCAGGGUUCGGCUGCCAACGAGACUAAUAAUCCCCAAGAAAGUCUGCAUCACAAUCUUACAUGGAUGAGCUUGAUGCGCAAACGAAUAUCAUCAGAUGGCCAACAAAAAAUUGACUAUGAACUCGGCUGUGCAUAUAACGAAGUCGGUGUGGCCUAUGCGAUGAACAACAUGUAUUCUCUAGCACUUGACUGCUUCGAAAAGAGCAUUUCUAUAUACAAGUCCCUCCCCGACUACGACGAAAAGUGGCUUGGAUGGCCGCUACCAAAUAUUGGAAUGGUGUAUUGGAUCCAGGGAAACCACAAAUCGGCUUUGGAGGUACUGCAUCGUAUGCGCGAAAUAUAUGAAACUGCGUAUGGCCGUGAUGAUAGACAAUCAUUCAAAACGGGAAAAAUUCUGUACGGAAUUGGUAAUGUCUAUCUGUCUGUUGGAGAUCUGGAACAUGCUCUGGAAUACCACUUACGAGCUCUCAGCCAGUGGUCAGAAACUCUUGGCACGGGACAUCAUCGAAUUGGCGAUGACGAUUUGAGAAAGCACAGUAAGACUUUUGAGCAUAACACAUUGACAGUCACUGAUAUCUUGAUGAUAGAGAAUACCUUACGCAAGCACUCAGAAUCUUCGCUCGCCGUCCACACCAUAGGCAAGAACAUGCUAGGACGACCUUCAGACAGGGUCAACUAUAUCUGGCAAGCGGCAAUAUCGAUCAAGCUGAGCAGUCAUUCAAAGCAGCCCAUAAACAACGUCAAAGUUUAA